AUGCAACCAGUGGGUAUCAUUGUUUUUGCAUCCGUAAUGGCAACCUUGGGGUUGCAGAUUUUGAUUGAGUCUGGCAGGCAAAUUAUUUCCAAGACAAAGGCUGAAAUGGAUCAUAGUGAGUUGAUGUGGAUGAUUGUGAUCAUGGUAUCUUUGACCAUUGUAAAGUUCAUUUUAAUUGUCUACUAUCGAAGGUUUACAAAUGAAAUCGUUAAAGCCUACGCACAAGAUCAUUGUUUUGAUGUUAUUACCAAUUCAGUUGGAUUAGCUGCUGCUGUGUUUGCUGUCAAGUUCUAUUGGUGGAUUGAUCCAUUGGGAGCUAUUAUUGUGAGUUCAUUUCUACCAUUAAUUGUAUUGUAA